UUAAAGAUUCCCUUGCUUUGAUUGGGAUAAGGUACCAAUGCCAGCCACUUCUCGCCUUUCUUCAGAGGGUUCAAAAGAUUCAAGUUAAAGUGUUGAUUAGGUAGAUCUGCGCUUGAAUUCAUACCUAUAUUUCUGCGCCAAAAAGCAAAUGGAAGCCCUCCUCUCCCAAUUCACCUUCCUGUCAGAUCAAGCUUUACGAGACAAGAACUUCGAUCCAUCGGCCAUGGAAGACCUAGUAAAGCUCUUCGAGAUCGACUCUUACAAGGCAUGGGCAGCCACGGAGCUGGAAAACGAAGAGCAAGCUAAACAACCCGAAAUAACAGUGCAGGAAGCCGAGGAGUAUCUCGACUCGGUCAUGGAGACGGCGAUGGACGAGUUCAGGCGGUUCGAAGAGGAAAUGGAACGGGACUCGAGGGACGAACUCGAUGCAGCCGAGGAGGCUAGAAGAAUGGGGAAUUUGAUGGAGAAAGUGGCAACUAUUGCCUCGAAAUUGUAUACUGAAGCUUCUAUGAAAUCUGCUUUCAAGGGACUUUCCACUAACAAGGUUCAUCCUUCAUGAAAAUCUGCUUUUGUAAUUUACAUGUAUGAUUCAAAGGGACCUUGUUUGGUUGUCUUUGAUGCCA